UUCCAAAAAAUAAGAAAAGAGUUGGCUUCGGCGUAAACAGAAGACAGAGAGAGAGAGAGAGAGAGAAGCGGGUCUCCUGAAACUCUGGUGCGAUUCCUUCGGUCACAGUCAGCAUCACUAUGGCUCUUCUGAGUCGAGCCUCUUCACGCUACCCUCACCUGCUCUCCCCUCAACGGGUACUUUCCCUCCACACCACGCUCCCAUCCCUCACCCCAUCCACACCCACACCCACACCCACCCCCUAUGCUCCGCCACCGCCGCCAUCCGCUUCCUCUCCCGCCCCCGUCUCCAAGGCGGCCGAGUUCGUGAUCUCCAAGGUCGACGAUCUCAUGAACUGGGCCCGCCGCGGCUCCAUCUGGCCCAUGACCUUCGGCCUCGCCUGCUGCGCCGUCGAAAUGAUGCACACCGGCGCCGCCCGCUACGAUCUCGAUCGCUUCGGCAUCAUUUUCAGGCCCAGCCCGCGCCAGUCCGAUUGCAUGAUCGUCGCCGGCACUCUCACCAACAAGAUGGCCCCUGCUCUUCGCAAGGUUUAUGACCAAAUGCCUGAGCCUAGAUGGGUAAUCUCAAUGGGAAGUUGUGCUAAUGGAGGAGGAUACUACCACUACUCUUACUCGGUUGUUCGGGGAUGCGACAGGAUUGUUCCUGUUGACAUAUAUGUUCCAGGCUGUCCUCCAACUGCCGAGGCUCUGCUGUAUGGACUGCUCCAGCUGCAGAAAAAGAUCAAUAGGCGCAAAGACUUCCUCCAUUGGUGGACAAAGUGAGGUCGAUCAAGUUUAUUUUUCUUGGUAGACAAGUUAUUAUAUAAUAAGCAAAUUCAUGGCAAUACAUUACCUUAUCACAGUUUCUGGAUGUUCUAUGUGCUGUUUUUACGGGGCUUCGGAUCCCCUUUGAAGUUGAAUUUUUUUAUCUGUUAAUGCUUCAUCUGUACCGGAGAGUAAACAAUACCUGAAUGACUCGUGUGGUUUGUAAGUUACAGUUCUUUCGCUGGACCGAUUUUCCCCUCGCUUACUACUUUUUCAUGGCGUUUCAAUAAAUAGACCCUUAUGUUAUAGUGGUAUUAAAAAAUA